GGUAGGACUCACCUGCAAAUCCACGGUAUUUUUUGCAGCUGUGAGCGGAUGUAAGAGGAUUAUUUGUUUUGUAAUAGUAGCAGAUGCCAGACAACUGAACUUAUUUUUUUUUUAAUUAGGAACAGUAAACUUUCUUUUGCUGCUUUGAGUACAUCAACUAGAGCAAUGUGAGUGAGAAUGCUGCUUCUUCUCAUUGCUUCUUUUGGGGCAGCCUGAGAGUACCCUGAAAGGAGUCACCUCUGAUUUUAUGAUGAUGGACUUCUGUUUACCUGAAACAUGGUUAUAUGCUUUCUUCUCAAGUGUCCCUGAGCUGCCACAGGAUAAUCCAGGUAGCGGAAUGGGGUGAUGAUGUUAAAGCGGUAUCAGAAGAUGAAGCCGUGGUGCUGGUGAACCAUCAAGCAACGGGUGAUGUCUGCACUCUGAUGAUGUGCCUUCAGGAUAAAGGCACGGUUGUCCGUCAGAUGAUGUGGCUGAUGGAUCAUAUUUUUAAGUAUACAAACUUUGGCAUUGUCUCACUAAUCCAUGGAGACUUCUUUAUAAGACAGGGAAAAGCACACCGUGACCAGCAGCUUGUGUUACUCAAGGAGCACCUAGAAAAAUAUUACAGGAGCCGCAAUCGGAAAUGGAUUGUUUUAUUUCCAGAGGGUGGCUUUCUUAGGAAAAGGAGGGAAACAAGCCAGGCAUUUGCCAAGAAAAACAAUUUGCCAUUUCUUCAGCAUGUCACCCUGCCAAGACUUGGGGCAACACAAGUGAUUCUGAAAACACUUGUAGCUCCACAAGAAAAUGGAACUCCUGCAGGUGGAGAUGCUGUGAUAAAAGAGAGCAAAUCAAAAGGUCUCCAGUGGGUGAUAGAUGCAACCAUAGCAUAUCCCAGAGGUGAACCUAUAGACAUCCAAACCUGGAUUCUUGGCUACCGACAACCAACAGUUACACAUGUACACUACAGGAUUUUUCCAAUUAAAGAUGUACCUGCAGAGCCUGAAGCUCUCUCGCAAUGGCUGUAUCAACGAUUCAUUGAAAAGGAGGAUCUCUUGACCCAUUUCUAUGAAACAGGAGCUUUCCCUCCACUGCAGGGUCAGAUGAAAGCUGUUUCUCGGGAGAUGACCCUCAGCAAUCUGUGGCUAGUCGGCAUACAAUCAUUUGCAUUUUUGUCAGGCGGUAUGUGGUACUGCAUCUUACAGUAUUUUUAUCAUUGCCUAUUUUAAAAGUGGAAUGGGACCUGAGGACACAGUGGGAAUCGAGGCUCUUGCAAAUGAGUACCGUGUUGUAUGUGCAAAUGUGAGUAUACAAGAGUAAAGGAGAAUACUGGACGGACUCUUACCUCUCCUUGGGGAAAUUUUAAUCUCCACUGAAAGUGAAGAUCGGUAACAUAGUGAUCUGAUGAUGUAUUAUUUUAAGAAUUGUCUGUAUUUUUAAAAAGUGUAUACUCUCACCCACACUUAAGCAAAUUCAGCGUUUGGACAAAAGGUGCAAUCGUACAACCACCGUAGAAGAAUGUCUGCAACAAGAAAACUGUCACCAUAAGUAUUUCUCGGCGUUGUAGUUAGAGCUCAGAAAACUCAGCAACUUGUCUCUUCAGUAGUCUGUGCAGCGUUGGUGUGGUAGAGAUUCCUCAUUUGCACAAACGUGCUUUAUUGCAGCUCAUUGUGCUGGAGCCAGAGAUAUCUGUGGAGCUGAUGGUGGCAUCUUUGCCACUGCCCAGCCAGCAGUUGUUGUCUCAAACACAUUGAUCUCAAACCAAGACCCCAACAGGGUCCUGUUCAGGCGUGUUUUGUGAGGAAUCAGUCCUUAAAAAAGCAUUGCAGCAUCAUAUUGUGAUUAGAAGUUAGCCACAUCUGAUGAAUCAGCCCAUCCCUGCUGUGGUCUUACCAUCAGCUAACCGAAUUCUGUGUGCUACCCGUAGCUCAUAUUAUGAGGAAACUUGGAAAAUAUUAGUCACUCGAUCUGUUUCUCCCUUUGUUCAGAAUACAUCUAGUUGAUCGUUGUCACUUUUCUAAAUGCACUUUUAAAGGUGAAAAUACAGUGAAGGAAAGACACAGGUAGUAGAGGAAAGCUUUAUCUGCCAUGCAUUGACCAAUUGCCAGAGCAAUUCCAGCUGUUCCUGAAGGCCUGCUGGUGCUGCUGGUGAUUUUUAGCCACCUUUGUACUUUGUAUACUGCAGUCCAACCAAGGUGACCUUUGAGUGGUUUAUAGAGGCCUUUUUCUCCCCUGCUAGUUGCAACAGCACUAAAUGUACUUGUGGGAGAGUUUAAAUGAUUCAAUGCCAACCAUCUUAAUGUUUUGCUAAGAAAUAACAGAGGAAAACUAGUUUCUUAGAAAAAUAUAUAUUUAAAAAAAAAUAGGUGUAAUUGCUACCAUGAAUCUAAAUGAGGAUAUCACUACAAAAGAAAAGCAAAAGGUAUGGUAAACAAUCUGAGUGACUACAUGAAGGGCAGUAUUAAUUAGCUCACCAGCAUACUAAGAAUCAUAAUGGAAGAAUGAGUUUAUUUUGAAGGCAAACCAGAACAGAAGUUCAGCUCCAUUUUCAGAUGUAUAAUACAAGAGACUUUUGAAAGGGAGUCUGUGGUGUAUGUCCUGACCCUGGCCGGUCUACUUGGCAUUGUCUUUGUGUGAUUAUACGCAGAUUUGAGAGAGCUGUUCCUAAAAUAAAAUUAAUCUCUCUAAAUACAAGCAGGAUAGCCAGAACUUGAGAUGCGGCAUGCUGCCUUUUGUACGUUGAUUUUACUGAGAGCAGAGUAAGCCCUCAGUGGUUUUGGCUCUGAGUUGGUGAUAUUGAUCCCCCUCAAACACAGUCCGUGGUUCCUUUGGAGGAGCAGGACGACCGUACUAAAAUAUGAGGCAAUGCGGAUUUCCCUGACUUAAUUGAAAAGUCCUUUGUCAAAUUUGCCACUUCUCUCUCCCUCCAAAAUCAGUUUUAUCUUAAAGUAGCUCUGGGGGGAUUUCUGCGAGACCAUAGACCGUGGUAAGUUCCCGUCAUCUGUGAGUCCCCUCAUGGACGUACGUGUACCACUGCAGUGGGAAGGCAAAGGACAGCGUUUAUUUAGGUAGACCCUUAAUAUUUUAUUUAAGAUGCUGUCUGUAAAAUCCUACCUGUCUUACACCUAGCCCCAUACCUGAAUGCUGGUGCAACAUAAAUCCACUUGAGACAAGGUAUGCUCUGAAAAGGGAGUGUAGCUUCUUUCCUGUUGCUCUUGCUAAAUCACAGCUGAUGCAAUGAAUGUAUUUAAUCUGCCUUUUCUCAGGCAGGUGCUGGGGCAGUCCACUGCCAUCAGGUGUGAGUGGUUAGGCUGCAGCGCCUGGGCACAAAUGGACUCUCAAAACUGCAAAAUCCAGGUGGUGAGCUAAUUAUUGCUGUCCUCAACUGAGUGGGUCAAUCAGAGCCACAGAGAUGCCCUUAUUUUACAGCUGUUUUACUGUGAAUUAGGACAGACUGGAGUGAUACAAAAAGGGAAGUUUGUAUAAGCAGAUUGCACAGCAGUAACUUGCAUCAGGAGGCUGUUUGUAAUAGACCCAGUAAACUCCAUGUAAGAGCAUACUCUUUUUUUUUUUUCCCAACACAGUAUUUUUUCCAAUGGAUUACAGUCAGUAGUGAGUGUUCACACGCUGCCUGAAGAAAUUAAUAAUGCGCAAUAAUGUUUCAGAUAAUUCUUUGGUUUAUCUGGUCCUGUGCAUUUUCAGUUAAUUCCUUUAUAGUUCUCACUAUUGCAAAACAUCUGUUUGCAAGCACUGAUUAUUGUUGAUUUGAUAGGUUGAGUAAAUGGUAUUAGGUCUUAGGCAUCUUUCCUGUCUGCACUGGAACAUGUGAAGAGAGCAUGGUGUCAUCUCUUGCUCCGGCUGAGCUGCUGUAGGUAAAAGUACCAAAGUACCCUCCCAGCAUGAACUUGAAUGCUACUUCAUGACAGAAUAAGAAGUUUUUCUGUUAAGGAAAAAACACUAUGUGGGGAAUUCUGUGCUAAAAAUACCAUGCUGGUGAAGGCUGGAGCUUGGCAGGUGAGCUUGUAAAACAUGGAUCCCUGUGGGUUCCAGCUGGGACAUUCCCUCUGGCAUUGGCUGGGGCUACAGAUGGGGCGAGCGUUGUGCUGCUGCAGCCAAGGGUCUCCUCUUCUGAAGAGUUCAACCUGCAUUUGCUAAAAAUGCCAUGCAGUUGAUCACAAAAUGGUUAAUUGCUGUGAUUUUUAUAUAUGUGUUAGGAGAAAUAAUAUGGAAGAAUGUAUAAAGUGACAACAGGAUGAAAAAAAUAAAUGGAAAGCUGUUGCACACACAAGUGAGAACACAGUGGUUCAAGUUUGUUGUGAAUAAAGAUGUUUCUCUGUCAGGGUUGCACACAACAUUUCUAGGUUUCUCUGUUUAAUUGUUCAUAAGCAAGUUUCAUGGGAAACGGUGCAAGUCCCGAUGGUUUAGCGUCACUGCUCUUACCACAUUACACUGUAAGAAGAUCUGCUCCUCCAAAAUGAGCAGCGCUUCUAUUUUAGUGCCCUUUGUGUGUACCUUCCUUACAAAUUCUCUUAUAUUGUAUAUAUGGUUCUGUUACCACAUAUUUCAACAAUGAUGACUCUUGCAGGAGGGAUGUUUUUUUUCAGUUGCUCUCAUCAGAUUUUGAAAAGAAAGAUUGCAAUUAACCUCGCUCCCCUGAAAAUUAAGAGCUUCCUUCUCCCCGUUCUACCCUAAGCCUCAAAACAGGAUGCAUCUUGCUGCAUUGAAAUGACUGCUGCGGUACUGCUCAUGACCCAUCUUUUUGUAAACGAUGUAAUUGUUUUGGGUGUUCUGCCAUCAAGUGCUGUUAACUUCAUCAACUUUGUUUGUAUAAGUGAAUGCAGAUACACCGAUCACUGUGUGUGACAGAUUCAGCUGCUCCACUUUGCCUUGACAUACAGUGUUGGAACCAAAGGUACUUAGAACGGGGAGCGGGCGUGUUCUGAGACAGCAGGCUGGAGGCUGCGUGCUGGUCUGAUACAAUCACACAACAUCAUGAUGCAUCCGGGUACUGUAUCGUUUGGAAAUAAUGGAGCCAUAUGAAAUAAAGGGUUAUUUUGCAAAAUUGCAUACUUGAUAACUUUUACACUUUUUUUUUUUUAAAGAACAGUUGGAAGAGCGAAACUGAAACUAUUCUCUGAUUUUAGAAGUCUGCAUACAUUAUGAACACUUCUGAGCAAUUUCACUUUUUCUGUGCAAAAGCUGUGGACUCCCUACCUGGGAUGCAGAAGGAUUUAAAAGAAUUCUGUGUAUUCUGAAGUUAAAUCGUUGAUUUAAGCAUUGGAUACUGAAGUUUAAUUAUACACUGAACAACUGUUCUCUUACAGGGAGUUAGUUCUUCUAAAGUUUCUCUACAGUGGUGUUCAUUUUCUAUGAUAAAAGUUUGUUUUCUCGAUAGCAUUUAUUUUAGCCUCCAACUUUCUCCUCCCCCUGUGUAAGCUGCACUGUGCUCUGUAUGGUGAAUGGAUGCAGUUACUCUGUGAUUGUGCAGAGGGCUGUUGUGGUUGGAUUCAUUGUACCGAAAUUAUUUCAUUGGAUUUUUUUAUCAGGUAUUUCCAGCAGCCAGGAUGUCUUUCAGAACUGCAGGCAGAUACCAGAAGAAGCAUUUCUCUAUAGAGACUAUUAGGUGUCUUUUUCCCAUUUUUUUGUGUGGCAAAAUAAAGUUGAUUUUUUUUUUCCAAGGUUA